AUGGCUUUCGCGGCCUUUCGUAACUCUAUCGCUUCUCCCCUUCGCUUGGGUCGCUCCAUGAUGUCGGUCUCUCAGCAACAAACCCGUCAGGCCUCCUUUAAUUCCUACUUGGUCUCUCCUAAGGAGCUCAGCGAAGCGCUGAAGAAGAACCCGCCAACAAAGAUCUCGACUUCUCCGCGCGUCGUUCCCAUCUGCGCGGCGUGGUUCAUGCCUAAUGACCCCGAGGGUCGCAAGGGCAUUGACAUCUUCCGGAAACAUCGCAUCCCCCAAGCCCGCUUCUUUGACCUUGACGCGAUUAAGGAUCCCGAGUCGCCGUACCCCCACAUGCUUCCCACUGCCGAGACCUUUGCCGAUGCGAUGGGAGAACUGGGCAUUCGGAGGGACGACGAGGUGGUGGUUUACGAUACGGAAGAGUUGGGAAUCUUUAGCGCGCCCCGAGUCGGAUGGACCUUCCGGGUCUUUGGACACCCUAAAGUCCACGUAUUGAACAACUAUAGGCUGUGGAUUCGUGAAGGAUUCCCGACCGAGACGGGCGAGCCUCAGCAGGUGGAACGCACCGCCUAUCCUCUUCCGACUUACGACUCGAAGCUGGUCAUUCCCUACUUGGAACUGAAAGAGAUUGCCAAGGAACACAGAAAAGAAGGGGCGAAGGAGGUGGAAAUCCUGGACGCGCGAUCGCACGGCCGCUGGGCGGGAACCGAUCCUGAACCGCGCCCGGGACUCUCCUCGGGACAUAUUCCUGGCUCUAAGAGCUUGCCCUUUCAGGAAUUGCUGGACCCGGAGACGAAGACUUAUCGCUCUGGAGCCGAGUUACGCAAGAUCUUCGAGGAACGGGAGGUCGAUGCCUCCAAGUCGAUUAUCAGUUCCUGUGGCACCGGAGUCACGGCCAGUAUUAUUGAAACUGCGCUAGGGGAAGCUGAAUAUGGCGACCCCAGUCUUCGGAGAGUUUACGAUGGAAGUUGGACGGAAUGGGCACAGCGUGUUAAGCCGUCCGACGGUCUGAUUAAGAAGAUAACCUGA